CCUCUAUAUCCACCCAGGACUCCAGGUCCCUCCCUCUUCCAUUCACAGGGGCUGCCUGGGGGCUUAUGACUAAGGAAACCAAGGGACCUGCCACCCCGGGCUUCAAGGAUCUUGUGCAGUCCUGACCAGAGGCCCUCUCCCCUCUCCUUCUCUGAGCUGCCUGAAGUCAUCCACCUUCCUAGGCCUGAGGCUCGGAGGCCCAGAGUGCGCCCCCUGCUGCCGGUGAGCAGAGGUCACUCCAGGGCCUGAACUGGCGAGGCCUGCUUCAAGGUGGCGCUGCAGCUGUGUGGUGGCGAAGUUGGCGUGCUCUGCGAGGCUCCUUCCCAUCAUCACCACAAGAUGUCGCUGUCAUUCGCAAUUAGCCGACACAGCGCAAGACCAAACCAUCCUCUGCUCUCCUCCCUCUGCGGGUCAAGGCAAGCCCGUCUAUAGCCUACCUGGAACUCCCAACCUGCUGGCCUAACCCUGGGCAGCCGCUGGAAACCUGAUGAUGAUGACCAGACUCUUCAAAAGUUAUCUGAGCCAACCAACUGUGUGGGUUAUUGGGUUUCUUCUGUGUCCAGUUUUCAAAGGUGAGCGCGUGCGUGCGUACACACGUGUAGUUCCAUUGCCUAGCCUUGGAUAGCAGAGACCCCUUAGCACCUUCUCCUUGAUUGCCCCUGGACACAGGAAAUCCAGAGAGCAGCAGGCAGGAUGGAUAUCUCCCAGAUCAGAUGCCAACAUACUAAAGACAAGGAGAUUUUUGACAGUAAACAGAGGAAGAGAAUGCCCGAUUAUCUAAGAAUGAUGAUUUCUAGUCUGAAUAGAACAGACGUGCAUCCAUGUAGCAUCGUAUACGGAGCAGCACCAGUCUGCAGACACGAAAGCUAAAUAAAGGUUUAUAGAUAAGAGGAGAGAAUGUGGUGCUAAUCAGAUCUACUGGUAUGGAAUGAUAACACAAGUUUAUCGGCAAGAAGGGACAUGACUGAUGACUUUGCUUUUCCUGGGAGCCCCGAAUAAACACCAGCCAUAGCAACAGCGACAGCCACAGCAACGGCGACAGCGUCUAGCUCUGCAAACCCUCAGCAACUCACUGAACUUACAGAGCAUGGUGUGACCUCAGCAUAGAUGAGGACUUCACCAGAGCUGCACUGUGGAGGUCCCACCUUAACUAACCCUCUGCCUGCUAGCACCCCUGAGACAACUGGGACAAAAUUACGUGCCAUAGGAAACUAGUGGCUGGACUCUCAGGUGAAGGUCUGAUGAUACUCCCACGCCUCCUUCUGUGGGGAGACUCAACCCUGACCUCUUUGAGGGUCUCCUUCGAGUAAUUACAACUCCUCUGAUUAAGAUGCCAACAAUGGGGCUGGAGAGAUGGCUCAGCAGUUAGGAGCACUGGCUGCUCUUCCAGAGGUCAUGAGUUCAAUUCUCAGUACCAACAUGGUGGCUCACAACCAUCUAUACAGGGAUCUGAUGCCCUCUUCUGGCAUGCAGGUGUACAUGCAGAUAGAGCACUCAUUAAAAAAAAAAUGGUAAUAGCUAAGUUAUACUUAGAGAAUUCCUUGUAGGCAUGCAUCAAAAACUAGCUCCUGGCAAGGGCUCAUGUAAAAGAGAAAGGGGAACUGACAGUUAUUCUUAGCUGGUCCAAAAGAUAACUGUUUGUUUAAAAUAACAUAGUACCAGAAUUUUCAGUCCAUGUCUAAGUGAAAUGAAAGACAGCUUCAUCCCAAGGGACAGAGGGAGGAGUUGGUAAGACCAGUAUAAGCCGCUCAUACCACACUUGAAGCAGUUCUCCAAUAUCUGAGGUCAGUUGUUAUUGCAUGUUGCAGACUUGAAGGUAACCAUUUAAGGUUUCUUCCUUUCUUUGUUUCUUUCUUUCUUUUUUUUAGAGAACAUAAUCGACAAGCUAAAAGAGAUGAUGAAACAGAACUGGGAGUGGGGUGGUAAAGAGAAGACUCAUUGACUAGAAGUGCUACUGUUCUUACAGGAGACCCGAGCACAGGUCCCAGGACCCUUGGCAGGCAGCUAACAAACAGCUGUAGUUUCAGCAAAAGACUGGCGACCCAGUUUAAUCCUAAAGGUGGAGGGAGGGAACAGACUCCACAUCAUGUCCUCUGACCUCCGGAUGUGCACCAUGACACUUUCAACAAACACUUGUCUUAGUCAGGGUUCCUAUUUCUGAAUAAAACAUGACCAAGAAGCAAGUUGGGGAGGAAAGGGUUUAUUCAGCUUACAUUUCCACAUGGUUGUUCAUCACCAAAGGAAGUCAGGACUGGAACUCAAGCAGGUCAGGAAGCAGGAGCUGAGGCAGAGGCCAUGCAGGGAUGUUACUUACUGGCUUGCUUCCCCUGGCUUGCUCAGCUUGCUUUCUUAUAGAUCCCAAGACCACCACCCACCAUGGGCUGAGUCCUCCUGCCUUGAUCACUAAUUGAGAAAAUGCUGGAUCUUUACAGCUGGAUCUCAUGAAGGCAUUUCCUCAAGGGAGGCUCCUUUCUCUGUGAUAACUCCAGCUUGUGUCAAGUUGACACAUAAAACCAGUCAGUAAAAUUCUGAUAUCCAAACUAAAGAUGACUUAACAAGAGAGAAAACAGAUGAAUAUUACUCAUGAAAGAGGGGUGCUUCCAACAACAUCUUAACAAAUCAGACCUAAGAAUGUGUUGACCAGUUCUUACACCAUACCCAAACUGGAUUUAGCAGAGUACAAGAUUUACUUUAUUUUUAAAAGUCAGACAAUAUAACUCACCGUUGAACAAUUUAGAAGUAGAAAUUCAAAUAUCAUUUUGACAAAAUAUUCAUGAAUUCAAAUGCCCUUUGACAACCCAAGCUCUCCUAAAUUAGUAAUAGGAGGGAACCCCCUCAGUUGGACAACUGACGCCUUUGAGGAACAGACACGUGGCACUAUGUUUGAUCCUAAAAGGGUAACCAACAUUCCUGGGCCAAGAAUAGCAUUCUAUCCUGGAAUGUCUGUGGAUGUCUGAGUUAGGGAAACGGCAAGAGACAUAAAAGGGACCAAGAAUGGAAAGAAAGAGUCAUUCUCUCAGCAGCUCAUGUUUUCUUAUAAGUACAUAAAUCUUCAAGAAUAUACAAAAGAGACCUAGCCAGUCAAGGGGGCUUGCUGCCAAGUCUGAGGACCUGAGUUCAAUCCUACACAGUGAAAAGGGAGGACCGACUCCUAUAAGUUGUCCUCUGACCUCCACUUGUGUGGUGGCUCUUGUAUAACAACACUCACACUCUUCCACACACAAAAUAAGCAAGCUAAAGAAAAAAGUGUAAAGGUCUCCUCAGAUGAAGGGAUGAGAUGAGAGCCACAGCCAAGCUGUGCCAAUGCAUGGCUUGGGCUAAGCCCACAGUGUUUCUUUCUCUGUUCUAUUCCUAGGCCUAGGCCUGGAAGCUUCUAGCCUCUGUACAAUCUAAUUUUCCAAACAGACUAAUUCCAUCCAGCUUCUCUUGGCCUCUUCCUGAAUUUCUCUGCUUGACCUCAUACUAACUUGGCAAUCUGUUCUAAUCUUCUGGCUACUUUUCAUUCUUGGGCUGGUUUUUCUGUUUUCACCUGUGUCUAGUUUGUUUUCUCUGCUACCUGUCUCUGUAAAACUGUCCCACUCAAACACACACACACACACACACACACACACACACACACACACACACACACACACACACCUUUCACUCCCUGUGCUGCUCUAAAGUAGCCUCUUCUUCUUGUCCUCAUGUGAGUUGGGCAUAUCCUAUCUCUGACUCAUUCUGUCAAAUCUUUCUCUGAUUCAUCACUUUGCCCCUCAGUUAGAUGUCACUUUCAAACAUGGCUGCCUCUUUCUACAAACUAACGUUACCUUCAUUCACUGUUAGGGAUUAAAGGCGUAUACUAAGGGAGUAUCUGUAUUCCAGAGCCAGAUCACACUAUAAUCCAUGACAAGCCUGCAUUCUGACCAGAUCAAAUCUUUGGAUGUGAUCCCUUGUCAGAGCAGAAUGUUGCUGAAUUAAAAUUCCUCUACAAAAACAAACAAACAAACAAACAAACAAACAAACAACACGUAUAAAAGAGAGAGGAACCAGGAGGUGGUGGUGCACACAUUUAAUCCCAGCACUUGGGAGGCAGAGGUAAGGCCAGCCUGGUCUACAGUCAAGGAUAAAUGAGAGAGAGAGAGAGAGAGAGAGAGAGAGAGAGAGAGAGAGAGAGAGAGCACAAAACUCAGUAGAAUCAAACUACAUUGAUAUGUCAAUUCUCAAUUUAUUCACAUUUGCUAAUAUUGAAAUCCCUUUACGGUAGCUAGAGCUACUGGAGCUGGAGAGACAGCUCCACAGCUAAGAGCACACAAGUGCUCUUGCAGAGGACCUGAGUUUGGUUCCCAGAUCCAUCAGGAGGCUCACAGAUACUUAUUGGGCUUGCUGGUUGGCAAUUUUAUCAAAUUAAACUGUAGAGUCAGUGUAGUCCUGACUGAAGUUCAGUAAGGGGUCUCUGUGGGAACCAACAAGGGCUUUCUACAUGUCCCAUGGAACUCGGAAGAACCUUGUCUUAGUCACUGUUCUGCCACUGUGAAGAGACACCGUGACCAGGGCAAAUUAUAAAGGACGCGUUUAACUGAGGGCUUGCUUACAGUUUCAGAGGGUGAGUCCGUUGUCACCGUGGCGGGGAGUGUGGUGGCAGGCAGGCAUGCAGGCAUGCAGGCAUGCAGGCAUGCAGGCAUGCAGGCAUGCAGGCAUGCAGGCAUGCAGGCAUGCAGGCAUGCAGGCAUGCAGGCAUGCAAUACUGGAGAAGUCGCUGAGAGCUUACAUCUGGUCCACAAGUAGCAGGCAGAGAAAGAGAGACUGGGCCUGGCAUGGGCUUUUGAAACAUUAAAGCCCACCCCCAAUGACACGGUGCAAAAGGACUCCAUUCACAAAAAAGAUAACUUACCAAUUGCGCCUGACUAUUGGCAACUCCUGUCUUCCCAAAUGAGUUUUGCAAACGUACAUACAUGACUAUAAGCAAAAGUUGGCUAGAAACAUAACAGGCCAGGCAGAGAUUAAGCUAUUCAAAGGAAUGCUUGCAUCUCACACCAUCAGACUACUCAAACGGUCUCACACCAUCAGACUACUGAACCAAAGUACCCUCCACCCAAAACAGGAAUUUCCCCAGGAAUCUCAUGCUGGGAAAAGAGCAGAUGCCAGCCAGAGAGGAAUCUUGUCUCUCUCAGAGAGCUCUAACUUGUCUGCCCACCUGACUGGGUGAGACUGAUGCCAGACAAGGACGGGUCAGUGGAGGGCAGGGCUACACCAUGACCAGGACUGCUUAGACGUGAUAUCUUUGAGCUCUAUUUAAACUCUGGUCUCACCUCAGGACCCUAAAGACUGACCUGGGGGCGGGGUGGGGGUUCUCUGGAUCCCUUUGUCCCUCUUCCUAAGUGGCCACAUACAAUAAAUCUCCUUUUCCUGCUUUCUAUGUUUAGUUAGGUUCUUGUAAUUGGCUUAUUAAAGACCAAUGGCUGGCCCUAGCUUGGGACAAGUCCAGUAACAUAACUGGAUCACAGAUACCCACGUGAGUUCUGAGACCCAUCUGGGAGAAAACGUGAAAAUCCACAAGGCUCUUGCGUUCUGCACAGAUUCACAAAUAGCAGUCUGAGUAGAAUAUGUAGGGUUUCAGGACACGUGGAAGUGCAUGUAUGUUCUCAACACUGUUAGAACCAACAGCCCGCAUGUGAGCAAGUACCAGAAGCACUGCUCACCCAUACAUAUGCAUGGAGAAUAAGCUGAGGAGGACGGUCUGGAGAGAGCCCCUGGGAGCCGCACGUUGAGCUUACCAGGCAUGGCCUACUACGGUUGCAAUUAAAAAGAUCACCCGUACCAAAUGCAGGCUAAGAUGCGAGGGGCCUGGAACCCAGCUCGUGGAUUGGAAUAAACCAGUGUGACUGUCGUUCUGCCUGCCGCACAGCAGAAGCCAGUGCUGAGGUGAGUCAGUGGCGAAGCCAGCUCAGCAGUGAGGCAGCAGUGAGGUGUCCUCCCCAGAGGGCGAUUCUGGGAGGUGUUUUCUUUUCAGUUCUGCCUGCCCUUGACAAGCCGCAGCACACGGACCCUGGCGUGAGGCAUUAGAUUUUUGUUUGUUUGUUUGUUUGUUUGUUUGAGAGGGGAGUCUCAUGUAGCUCAGACUGGCCUUCAACUCUGGAUCCUCCUGACUCUGCCUCCUUAGUGUUUCGAUUACAGGCACAUGCAGCCUUGCCCAGGCUUCCAUUUGUGGGUCAGUCUAGACUCUGGGGGAGGAAUGCCUGACCCCACCCUGCUCUCUAGAUGCAGACUCUAGGAGUGUUGGGAAUUGGCCCUAAUGUUUUCUCUUAAUUAGACUCCCAAAAGCUAUGCUUUCAGAUGCUGAGGGUCCCUGCCCACAGCUGGCUUCGGUUGGUAUUAAAGAAUUUCUGUACAGCCAACGGGUGGGCGGGGAGACAGAGGUGGGACUUUUAGAUUGCAUGGGCAAGGGACAGAGAGAGGGAAAUGGAGAGGGGGGAAGGGAGGAGGAGACUGAAGAACAGGAGAAUCAGCAUAAUGGAGGAACAAGGAGAAUAGACUUAAAGGCCCACCAACAUGUAAGAUUAUGGGAAAGUGGGCCUAGGGACCAUUCCCCUGAAUGGGUCUGGGGUAGCAGAGAUGAAAUACAGAUUUUAAAAGAUAUUAACUCAGGAAUACUGGAGGGGAGCAUGUGCUAGCCAUGGAAGGUUUAGAAGUGCCCAGCUAUUGAGCUAGUCAAGGCAUAUCAAAAUUAGCUGGCGUGUGUAUGUCUUUGAUUUGUGAAUCCAGAGAUCUUGGGCAGUCGAGACCCAAAGCGGUUUAACUAAUUCACUGCUCUAUAGAAGUACCUUUUGUCUGCAGCAACAGAGGAACCAGGGAAGCGAUUUGCAAGGAGUCGGGGUCUCCUGUUGGCCGCUGUUCUCUUUUGCUGGUAUAGCCUUUGCUCCAAGAUGGCUUUACAGAAGUUUUUAUAGGACUCAGGUGAUUGCAGACUGUAGGUUCCCCCUUCCUGAGGCAGGCUAGUGGACAAAAGACUCACAUCUGAUCCCACUCUCUUAGUAACGACCGUAUCCCUCUGAGAACAAAGAUCACCGCUCUCAAGAUCUCUUAGCCUUGCUAAUUAUUUUGCCUCUGUGUCGUUUCAACAUAUUAUACAAUUGGCAUAUCUGUCUGCACCAAAUGAUGCUUGGUGCCAGAAGAGGACAGAGGAAGGUGUCAGAUCUGCUAGAACUGGAGUUAUAGAUAGCUAAGAGCCAGCGUGUGGGGCCAUAACUAACCCCAGUGCUCUUCAAGAGUACUCAGGGGUCUUAACUGCUGAGACUUCUCUGUAGCACCAAGACACUGUUUUUUUUAAAGAGCAAAAUAAGAAUAACAAUGAUAAUAAUAAUAUGGAAAUUAUCAGCAUGUCUUUGUGUAUUUUUGUAUGAGCGUGAGAAGAGUUCAAAAGAAAGAAACAGAUAACUAUGUUCUCUGUAGUCUGUCGACUGUUCAGCCGACUUUGUAGAUCUUGUCUGCUGGACCUGAAAUCUGAGAAACUGAAAGAGUGGGGCAGACCAGUCUGAUGCUGUAGACAACCUUGCUUCAGCUUCAAUGCUUCUUUAGACAUGAAUGUAACAAAGAAAGCAAUGAUCUAAGGAAGGUUGUUUGAAUUCAGAAAAACACGUUCAGAACAGCGUGUAAAUAAAUACCAGUAAGCACAUACUAAAUAAUAACAGAACAGCCCUGUGGUGUGUUCUUUUGAGACCCCGCCUAAGCUCUGGGAAUGGGCCACACUAUCAUCCCUGACCCAGCUUCCCUUGAGUCUAAGGAUAAAAGACACACACACACACACACACACACACACACACACACACACACACACACACACACAGGUUGCUCAUUUUCAGCUUGCCUUCUGACACAGUUGCUGGGUGUUGUUCUCUCCAACCUGGAAGAGCGUGACCUUAUCAAUAUCCUUUUCUCUUCACCUCCCCACCUGCCCUGAACUUUAGUUGCUCACCUACAUCUAGUCCCUGAAAAAUGUCCCCAACCACCUGCCUAGGAUCAGUCAUAGGCGACCAAGUCCCGCCUAUCCCUUCCACCCAGAAAUUGGCCCAUGGCUUCUUUACUGACAGAUCAAGGACCAAUCGGGGAACAGGACCACAGCAUCAGCACUACCCCUAUACAGCCCUCUCCCAGAACUUUCUCAGGACAGACCAACAUAAACACAAUUGCCUACAGGUAGUAGAGUAUAAAAGGAAAAGCACAAAGGCAAAGUGGAAGGCCAUAUCCAGAGUUGGGGUACACAGACCAGAUUGGGUUCUAUAGCUAUGAUCAGACAUCCAACAAGAAAUAAACGUGUCUUAUAAAUUAAAUGUAAAUGUUUCAAGCUUGGGGUGUGAAAUCAUGUUCAAGAGCAACCCAGGGAACACAGUGUACCUGAGGUAAACUGCUCUCUGCCUUGUUUCCUGGAGCCUCUCUCAUAGUUCCUCAAGGCAUUGUUCAUCAUGAGAUGUUCUUAUGACCAUGUUCUGACCGUAGCCUCCAUGGUGGAUCUGGAGAGCUCUUCGUUAUUCUUCAUGCAUCUGUGCCUUGUUGCUCUGGUGUCAACCGCAGGAGACCAUCUGACAGGAUUAAUGGACUUUGACCAAUCAAAAGAGAGAAGCUCAGUGUAGAACUCUAUAGCUGUUCCCAGAGCCAACUGAAGCACCAGGCAGCCUUGCUGUAAUUGUGUUGUAGAUUACCACUUGUGUUGGAGAAAAUAUUUAAUUUCAAACAGAGGUUUUUGCCUCACCUUUGAUCAUUCGGUUCACAGGUAAAGGACAUACAACUUUUAUUAUUACAAUAAGCCUUAAUCAGCCCUAGAGCUUGGCAGAUAUCUACCCUCUAAGCUAUUAGAAUCUAUUUCCCAUCAAUCACCCUGAGUUAUAAUUUACCAUGUCCCGCAUGGGCAGCUCUUACUCCAAUUGGCUAGGCCCUCGUGGCCAUGUUUUUAUGAUUCACCUACUCCAUGGCAGCUUCCUCCUCUCUCCACCUUCUUCUCUCUCCUGUGUUCCUCCUUGGACCCCAAGUCCAGCAACCCCAAACCCUGCCUAUGUCUCUUCUGCUAGCUAUUGGCUGUUGGCAUCUUUAUUUAACUAAUGGUUUUAAAUCAAGGAGGAAAGUCACAUUGUAUUUAUGGAUUCUCUCAUCCCUAUGGGCAACCAGGCCUUGGGAGCAGAGUACUUACCAUUACAAUACAUAGUAAAAGAUCAAAGCUCAACAUGUUACAUGUGAACUCCGGGCUGGUUGUUUAACUAGCUAUGGUAUGUAUGGGCUUCCCCUACGCACACCAGGAUUGCAGGGGAGAGGUAGGGGUGGGGCCAAGGCAAGAUGGGGCCCUGGGACUUCCUCAGAGUCUCCUUCUGGUUCAUUCUGUGGGCAUCAAGGCUCAGGGCUAGGAUUGAUGAGGGUGAUAGAAAGGGUGUAUGCUGAGGAUAUUCCCGUUUCUCAAUAGAUACAGAAAGGGGUCCUACCAUAGGUCCAGUCUCCAUAUGAGCUAUGUUCUCAUGCAUGUAAAGUGAAAGUGGAGUUACACCCAUAACGUAGGCUGGUACAGACUUAGCACAUUUAAUGAUCGUUCUCCAGACCGUCAUUUUAAGUUUUUGCAUGAGCAUGAACUUCGUAAAUCAAAUACAAAUUAAACUCCCAUGUGACAGACUUUGCAAGCGUCUGUGGAAGGAUACAUACUUGAUGUGGGGGUUGGUUUAGUGACUCAGUGUGUACUCUUGGAGAAAUGUGGCCUUGUGGUCAAUGUCAUUGGAGACCCUAGGCCAGAUGUCUCUCAACCUGUAAGUUAUGACCCCAUGGAGGUUGGGUAUCAGAUAUCCUGCAUAUCAGAGACUUACACUACAAUUUAUAACAGUAGCAAAAUUAGUUAUGAAAGUACAACAAAAAUAAUUUUACAGGAGGGGUCACCACCACAUGAGGACUGUAUUAAAGGGCCACAGCAUUAGGGAAGUUGAGAACCACUGUCCUAGACGGUUCAGGCUAUGUGAUUCACAAGGACAGAGGACUCCUUAGUUCUCCAGAGGAGAAUGUCUGCUCAGAAAGAAGUUUAGACAGGAGGAGGAGUCCACCAGGGAGGGGACAGGGGAAUGCAGGGGAAGUCCACCAAGGGCUGUGGGAGAAAGUUGAUCCUCAGUUAAGGUUUCACCAGCAGAAGCCAGGUAACAAGGCAACUGGUUUUCGUUGUCAUGUUUACUAGCUUGGGGGGACUCUAGGGACUGGGGUGUCCAGGAGGAGCAUAGCCAAUCAAGAGUUGACGCUUCAGCAUUGGGCACUUGGGACACACGCCUUCCUGGCGCCAGCUAAGUAGAAAUAGAUGAGGAACUCUGGUCAACAGGGAAUUCUGAGCCUGUCCUUGCCAGCCUGCUCCCAGCCACUUGAGAGAGCUGAAGGCAGAGCCUGGAUUUCCCCUACGCACACCAGGAUUGCAGGGGAGAGGUAAGGGUGGGGCCAAAGCAAGAUGGGGCCCUGGGACUUCCUCAGAGUCUUCUUCUGGUUGACUCUGUGGGCAUCAACGCUCAGGGCCAGGAUCAAUGAGGGUGAUAGAAAGAGGGUGUAUGCCAAGGAUAUUCCCGUUUCUCAAAAGAUACAGAAAAGGGUCCUACCAUAGGUUCAGUCUCCACAGUGUUAUCAGACUUUGGGGGUCACAAUCUGAGGGCCAGGUCAGGCCCAGCCACUUGUGUUCAAUAAGCCCAAUGACAAGUGGGAUGCAGAAAGGGAGAUUCAUUCAAUGUGGUUGAAGAAAUAAAUUUUCAUAGAUAUGAGAAACAAAGUUGUAAAAACGAGGUUUUGAGAAAUACAUCUGGGGGUCAGGAUGCCUAUGACAAACUUGUGACCUUUCUGAGAGAUACAGCUGACGUCAUGAUGCCCAGUGAUAUGAUAAAGUUUUGGUGAUCAAGAUUCUGACUAAGCUAAUUAAGACAAAACAAAACAAAACAAAACAAAAUACCGUUCUGGGAAAGACCCCCCUAUCCCUCCCUGUGGUAAAUUCUGAGAACAACGGCAAGAUGUCAUCCUGACCCUGCUUGACCACCCAGUUCACCCCCCCUUCUAAGGGAUGUACCAACUUAGCCCUUUCCCAGUGAUUCACCAAGGCCAGGUGUAGGACUGGAUGAGGAAAGUGACCAACUGAGCCAAGAACAGCCCCUUGAGCAGGCCAGCCAAUACCUGACCAGAUCCUUUGUCCUGUGCACCACCAAUGGGAAUGGGCCAGCUAACACUGUUGCUGAAGUCUGCCCUCUGUAAUGAAUAAAAGUUGUGUGCUUUUUGGGUUCGGGGUUGACUCUCCCUGCCCGGAUGAGCAACCCCAUGAACGUGGAUUAAAAACUUUAAACCCUAAUGCUAUUGCAGCGGUCACAUUGUCAAUCAGUGCUCUGUGGGUUGCGCUCCUGAGGUAAGGCCACUGUGGGGUCUUACAACAUGGUCACAUUGGGAAGAGGGACAAAGGGAUCCCAGUCAGUCUCCAGGAUCCUGCAGGCCAAGGUUUAAAUAGGGGACAAGGAUAUCACAUCUAAGCAAUGCCAGCCAAGGUGUGGCCCCGAGUUCCACUGACCCAUCAUUGUCUGAGCUUCAGUCUCAUUCUGAAAGGUGGAUUGACAAGUUGUGAGAACUGUGUAGAAUCUCUUUCCAACAGGCCAACUGGCUGUGGCCAUUUUUUCCCUCCCAACAUGAGAGUCCUGGGAGAAAUUACCAUGUUUUGUUGGGUCCAUUAGUUUGACAGGUUGAGGUAUACAAGAGUCCCUUUAGAGUAUCUUUGCAGGGUCGCCCAGACAACAGCUAUCCAGUCCAGACUUGGGUCCUGAGAGGUCCUUUGAAGAGGACCCUGCCCUAUUCAUUCACAACAACCCCUGUCUCUGUACUAAGAUCCUAGAGGAAGGGAAACUUCAGCAAUACCUCCAAGACACUGGAGAUUGAACAUAGGACCUUAAACUCAGAGAUAGCCACCAGAGGGCAGGAAACAGAGUUCCAAAAUUUUGUCUUUGAUAGUCUGGGACUACACGGAUCCACCCACACUCCUCACACUUUGAGAAUUGCUAAGUGUUAUGCAAAUGUAUGCAUGAGUAUGCAAACCCUAUGCAAAUACAGGAUUAUGGAGACACAUGGUCUGCGCUGAGGAAUUAGGAGUUUGGAUUUCCCCUGUUAAUGCUGCUUUGGUGACAUCAUAAGUCAGGGAGGUCAAGUUCCUUCUUUUUGGUUUUGUACAAGUUUUUUCUUGUCCAAACUUUCUUUUUUUGUCCCUUUAUAGAGACCAAACAUUUUGUCACCACAUGUUUAUUAAGAGGUGUUUCCCAAGAAAAAAAACAAGCUCGACAUCACCUAAUCAGUGGUUCUCAGCCUUCCUAAGGCUGCCACCCAAAUAGAGCUCCUCAUGUUGUGGUGACCCUCAACCAUAAAACUGUUUUUGUUGCUACUUUCUUACUGUAAUUUUGCUGCUACAAUGGAUCAUAAUGUAAAUAUUUUUUGGAGAUAAAGGUUUGCCAGAGGGAUUUUGACUCAGCUACACCCACAAGUAAGCUGCUCUAUUCCUUCAGAGCGCAAGGAUUUCCUUCAUCCAGGACAAGACUUGAGCUUCUGGUCUCCUGAUCGUGCCUCAAGCAGAAGUGAGACACAGGUCAGGUCAGGUCUCAGUGUCUCUCAGUGUCUGAGGCAGAGAGGCCAGGUUGUGGCUCCCAUCCCAGCCAUUAGACCCGGCUCGAGUCUCAGUUCUGGCCUGGCAUGCAGACCACCACAGGGUGCUGUUGGUUUUUCCAAGGCAAAGCUAGAGAUGUGCUUUGCCGUAACUGUCCUUGGGCUGCAGAGAUGGGAGUGCUGCUACCUCUGGAACAUUGGAGCAGCUCCUCCGUGGCUGGACAGUCUGCUUCUGAAAUGCAUCGGAUCACAGCUCCAAACUUUGCUUUGUGAAUUCUCUUUCCAGUCCGACUGGAGCCCGGGGGCCAGGCCACAGCCCUCUGCUUUUCCUGUGGUUGAUGGUCAGUUCUGCUCUUUCUUCUGCGUGCCGUGGUCGUGCCGUGGGUGUGAUGGGGGAUGGUACGGUGGUUUGCCUUUUGGAAAACAGCCAAGUGCACUGGCUUAAAACAAAACCAGCUCUGGGGCCUCUGCUGAUACAUCUGGAAGCUUCCAGCAGACUUUGCAGAGGGCCAGGUCCUAGUCUCAGUGCACAGUGGCAUCAUUCUAUCCUCAGCCCCAGGACACAAGUUCAAUCCCUCCCUCAGGGUCCUGGCUCCAUCCUCAUUCAGCCCAGCAAGGUCUACUAUUUUAAGGUCUAUGGAAAUACCUCUUCUCUCAUGCAUGUCCUAACACGUGAAAGGGAUGGGUAGGGACCUCCUCUACAGUUCCCAGGUGACCUCCGUCCAGGGCCAGCUAAGGGCAGAGCAAUCUGAGACAAGAGCCAGGGCAACAACCGAUAGCAGCCUUCCAUGGGUCAGCACUAGUGCCUUGCCAUGCUUGGGCCCGGAGCCAUUUGGGACUCAGAAUGUAACCCAGAAUUCCACACUGCACAGACAGGGGCACAGCCUGCAGCUUCCCUCCAUCACAGAACUGGGGAUGCAGGGGCACACAGCCUCUUCCCCCUCCCUCAGAGAACAGGGGAUAUGUCUGGUUCUCUCAGUGAGACUGACUGUCAUGAUUGUGCCCAGAGGUUUGUAGGAUUUUCUGAGGCCACAGGGGUGCAGUGGGCAUGAGUGGUUUAGAGCAGAGGAUGUGGUCCUGACUGUGAAUUUGCCUGCUGUGUGCUGUGUGAGGAAGUUCCCAGCCCCUUCUGAUGCCAUGACUCCAGCAGGUAUGGGAAUAAAAGACCUUUACAGCUCUGUGCUUGUGGAUUCUCAGCACUGCAGCCUGGGGACAAGGGAAUAGGAGGUGUUGAGAGAAGGGGACCCUAGGUAGACCUCCUCGCCAAGGUGUCCCUGGACCUCUGCAGAUGUCUGCACACCAGUCACCCCAAGCUGGAAGCCCUGGCGGGUACAGGAGAUGGCCUGCUUUCCCUGCCUUCAUCUUCAUCUGGUGGAAAGUGUUCAAGUGGAGCUUCAGUUAAGGGAGUUCAGAAGGGGCUGGUCAGGCAUACACUCAGUGUUUCCAGGAUGAGAGCUCUGGCUACCCUCCAGUCUGUGAAAGGUUCCCAGAAAGAAUGGUCCUGGCCUUGCUCCUGGUCCAAGGCAAGACACCUAGCUAACCCGUGGGAAGGGUGCUAUCAGUUGGUCAAGCGAUGGUUUGAAUGUGCUUGGCCCAGGUAUUGGCACUAUUAGGAGGUGUGGCCUUGUUGGAGUGGGUGUGGCCUUGUUAGAGGAAGUGUGUCACUUAAGGUAUGGACUUUAAGACCCUAGUCCCAGCUGCCUGGAAGCCUGUCUUCUCCUAGCGGCCUUCAGAUGAAGAAGUAGAGCUCUCAGCUCCUCCUGCACCACGCCUGCCUGGAUGCUGCCAUGUUCCCACCUUGUUGAUAAUGGACUGAACCUCUGAACCUGUAAGCCAGCCCCAAGUAAAUGUUGUCCUUAUAAGAGUUGCCUUGGUCAUGGUGUCUGCUCACAGCAGUAAGACCCUAACUAAGACAGCCACUCUUGUCCUGACACUUGCCUCAGAUUGCUCUGGCUGUAGCUGGUGCUGGACGGAGGCCACCUGGGAACCGUCAUAAGGUCCCUAACCCAUCCUUUCACCUGUUAGGACUGUCAUGAUGUGAACUUGCCAAGAGAAGUGUCUGACCAUAAGACCCAGCUCCUGACAGGAGACCCUGCGGCCUCUGCCAGAGGCAGGAAGGCAGAAGAAUCUGCACACUGUGUCCCCCACCGAAAACCUCAAAUUUGCAAGCAGGAGGGCGGCCAUAGCUGAGCAGCCUGGCAUGGCUUAUAUCCUCCCUGCUGUGCUUCCUGCUUCAUUUUUAACAUGAUUGUAUGAGAUGCGUUCGAAGCCAUUCCCUCCCCUGGUGCUGGCCCAGCAUACCCUAAGAUCUGUACAGUGCGGGCUGCUGGUCCAGCAUACAGGCCCCAGGAUCUGACAGAUCGAUGCUCCUUCAUGGAAUAUCAUUCCUUUCUCAGUGUCUCCUCACUCCUGUGAGACACAAACAGGACUACUAUUGGUCUGCAAACAGGACUACUAUUGGUCUACUAUGUGUGGUGUCCAGAGAGCAGAAAGGCAGGGACCCAGUGGUGAGUGCAGUGAGGGGCAGGCACAGCAGGAGGCCUGGUAGUCUCUGACAUCACUUGGACUUUCCAGGACCCACUCACUGUCUCUCUUCUUCAUGGACCUGCCCGAGCCUUCUGUGCCUGUGCGUGCUGUAAGGGAAGGAAAGACAGAAGGGGUGGCAGGUAAGGGAGAGAGAAAGGUGGAGACAAGUUCAUGGGCUCCUGAUGCUCAGAAUAAUGCUCUCCUGGAUGAAAGAGUAUUUUGCCUUCAGGAACCAUACAACAGGCAGCUAGAAGCAUCGGCCGAUAGCAGACUCACAGAGAGUCUGAUGAGUUAGUAGCGUCAAACUGGAUAGUGCGGAGAGAGUAAGGGUUCAGAUGCCUUCUGGGAAUACCGAGCUCUCUGUGUCAGGCCAGCCCUCCCUCACCGGCUAAUACUGCUGGGCCAAGAGGCUUAGGUGGGUCUCCAUGACAACCGCAGCUGGCCUGCCUCCAGGUUCUGCAGGGAGCUCUGGGGACACACAUACACACUCCACAAACACCAGCCCAGCUGGGUCCCUCCUCCAGUUGGUGCCUCCAGGACAACUCCUCAGAGAGGAAGAGCAGCAGAAAGCGCAGGAGGCAGCCAGCAGUAGGAGAGGUGGAGGGAGGCUGAGGAUGGCGCUCACCCUUCAACUUCUACCAGUUUGCCGCUCAACUUUCUACUUGCCCUAGAAGAUAUCAAGGCUCUCUUCUCCUGCAGUGUGGAGCAGAACGCAGGAACCCUACAGUGAUAGUGCCGUUGUCCCUGAAGGAGGUGGACCUCAGAAGGGCCUGGGGGGCCAUGUCCCUCAUCCCAUGGCUCCGGUGGAACGACACCCCUCCCCGGCUCUCAGCCCGGAGCCCGGCAGAGAUGGUGCUGGAGACACUCAUGAUGGAGCUGGCCGGGCAGAUGAGAGAGGUGGAGCGGCAACAGAGGGAGCGUCGCAGUGCGGUUAGGAAGAUCUGCACGGGUGUGGACUACAGCUGGCUGGCCAGCGCGCCCAGACCCACCUAUGACAUCAGCCCUGGUGAGCGGCUGCAGCUGGAGGAUGUAUGUGCCAAGAUCCACCCAUCCUACUGUGGGCCUGCCAUCCUCAGGUUCCGACAGCUGCUGGCGGAACGAGAGCCCGAGGUGCAGGAGGUGGCGCGGCUGUUCCGCUCUGUGUUGCAGGAGGCCCUGGAGAAGAUGAAGCAGGAGGAGGAGGCCCAUAAGCUGACUCGUCAGUGGAGCUUGAGGCCCCGCGGCAGCCUGUCGUCUUUUAAGACCCGCGCUCGCAUCGCGCCCUUCGCCAGUGACAUCCGGACCAUCUCGGAGGACGUGGAGCGCGACGCGCCACCCCCGCCGCGCACCUGGAGCAUGCCGGAGUUCAGGGCGCCCCAGGCCGACUGACCACCCUGGGCAGUCACCCUCAGGAGGGAAUGAUGGGCCGGUGGCUGGGUGGCUGGGUCGCCGGUGCCGGAACCUCCCCACCUAACCCGACUGGGAGACCCAUCACGCAGCACUGCUAGACCACGGAGUCAACUAAUUGAGCACACCUGCUUGGCUACGGGGUAGAGUUGGGACUUGAGCACUGUUUCUCCCCCAAAAGGUCUCCACUUGCCAGCCUGACAUAGAAAAAAGGUCUGGUGUUGGAGCAAGUUCUUCUCUGUCUCCUCUGUCUGGAACAAGGAACAAGUGUCUUUUCCCUCUUUUGCAAGGCCGGCAUACAUAUCCCAACUUCCGGGAUGCCAUUCACCUUAUCCAGUCAGGGCACCUUUACUAGUAACCAGAUGACAUUCACUGCAGGGGACCCACAGCCUCAGGCCCAGGACAGCUAGUGGGGUCCAUAGAGACUCUUCAAUCCACUGUUCAGUUAGAGAGUGGAAAAAAAAAAACAAAAACAAAAACAAAAAAAAAACAAACAAAAAAAAACCGAGUCUCCCAAGGGUCUCCCUGCUUUUGUUUGCCUUAACUCUGAUCCCUCUGAUGUGGGCGUGUUCUUGCCUGAGUCCUUGAAUGCUGGACUAUGACAGGGCAGGGCCAAUGUCUGCAUCUCCAUUCACUAAGGCCGAGGCUGCUCUCCUAGAAAGUUAGCUAGGGGUAGGCAGGAUGACCCUAACUCCCAUCCUGCAGUGUCAUCACAUGGUGUGUGGCCAGUCCAGAGUCAGGGCUUGGAGGCUUGCAAACCCUGCUGCUGAAGUCUAGGGAUCCUUCUGUUCACACCUGCUCUCCAGCUUCCCUAGGAAGUGCCUGAGCAAACCAGUUCAGAGUAGUCUCCUGCAGCCUCAUGCUCUGAUGGUAUAUGAGUGGGUCACCUGUGAAAGAUUUGCAAGGCCAGGUGGCCCGCACAAUCUAGGAUAGAAGUAGGGUUCAGGGGAAGAGGGUAAGCAAAAUGUCCCCAGCACCCAAUGCAUAUCCAGAAAACACAAGUGAACCUUAUAGUCUAAAUAAAAUGCAACGGGAGGAAAGUCACUAGGUACUGCAUGUAGUCCGGUUCAGUGGAAAGUCUACGUCUAUUCCCCUCUGCCUUCCUCCCUCUCCUCUUCAGGGCAGGGCCUCCCUAUUUUGGCUGUUCCAGCCUCUUGAGUGCUGAGUCUACGGCACGGAUAUUCUUUUUGAAUGAUGUGCUUUGGGUUGCCUCGCUGGGGUCUGGAUGGAGGAUGAGAGGAUGGCACAUUCCUCUUAGCCAUUGCUGCCGGGAUGAAGGAGCUGACUGGCUCAAUAGUAUAACCUCUUCUAAAUAAAAACAUCUUAAACAUCUUCUAUUGGAAGAUACCGAGAAGUCCACUCAUUUGCCAAACUUUGGAUAGAGGUCCAAAGUGACCUGUGUUGUGACGGGGGUUCACUUCGACUCAGUGGGUUUGGGAUGCUUUGGAUGGGACACCAAGAGCUGUUAAGGCUUUGAAACAAACAAGCCCACAGUUGGGAGGAAAUGUUGAGUGGACCGGAGCUUGCCAAGUCUCCUGCCUGAGGUUCUUGUGGGGCUUGAUUUGCCUAGAGGGAGGUUCCGAGAAGUCCUCAGAGGACUACUCCUGAUUUCUUCUCCCAGGUCUCUCUGUUCUCCUCAAGGAAAAGGAAAACCUGAAGCAGUGACCGUGCUCUUGAGUGACAGGCAGUUACUACUGCUGUGCCUACCGGCCUCCUCAGUACUGUUCUGCUCUGUCCCAUCUUAACUGUGAUGCUAACCAAAGCCUGUGAGGGUCCCAAAGGCAGUCCUUUGUAUCCAGGCUGGUAAAGUUGAGAAGGUGCCAUUUCUACUUAAAAGACUCAGGGACAACAAAUGGAGGUGUCUGACGAGGGGCUGGUGUUGGCUGGAGGGGGAGUUCCCUCCUGCUGAGCUGGGGCUGGAACUGCAUUUUAUUUCUGGUGCUUCUUACUUGGUAUGAAAACUUUCAAGUUCUAGAAAGUAAAGGAAGCUUUGGUAUUUAUUAAUACUUGAUACUAGUAAUUUCAUUUUUUUUACUUCAUGUUUUAAUAUCUCGACCCAAAAUUUUGGCAGAUACUUUCAUAUGAAUCUGAGAUAUGAUCCUUCACUCCGGAAUACUUCGGUGUGCUCUGCAAAGGAGAACAUUCCAGAAGUUGGAGUAAAAAAAAAUAUAGACGGCUGGGCAUGGUGGCCUAUACCUUUAGUCCCAGGGUUUGCGAGGCAGAGCCAUGCAGAUCUCUGAGUUCACGGUCAGUCUGGUCUGAAUGAAUUUCAAGAUGGCCAGGGCUGCCCUGAGAAUCCCUGUUUUGAAACUUUCAUAUUAUCUAAUUCCUAGUCCAUGCUGAAAUGACCCAAACUUUUCCCAAUAUAUGACUCCUGCAUUUUGUUUCUGAAAGUGAGGGUCUCAUCAAAUCUCAUACAUCCACACAUCAAUGAGGAAAUUAUGAUUUGUUUAUUCUCAGUCAUGUAGUGCUCUGUAGUUAUACAAUGGGAUAUUGUUUAUAGAGUAUCAUGUUGAUAACAGUAACUUAACAAAGAACAGUGACCCUGAGAGCCAGCAAAAAAUAUUUUCUGCUCAGAUAGCUCUGUUAGCCAUUUGAUAACAUUGUUUCAACACAACCAAGAUUCUCUAAUAUGUGUGUAUAUAUACAUAUGUAUGUAUAUAUAUAAUACAAUUUUACAUAAUAUAAAUUUCUUGUUCUCUGGCUUUAGAUUUUUAAAUUCUUCCAUAAAUGAAUAAAGUCAACAAAAAGGGCCAUUUGCACCAGUGAAUAGUAGCUAUUGGAUUGCCUUAUCUGUUGGUCCUGUAGAGACUUGAUGACCCAGGAGAGGGGAACGCUAGGCCACUGAGGCAGGUGUGGGUGGGUGGGUGGGCGAGCCACUCUCAUAGAGGCAGGGGGAGGGGGGCGCGAAUAGGGAGCUUGUGGAGGGGAAACUGGGAAGGGGUUAAAAGAAGGAAAAAAAGAGUAGCUAUAAAUAGGACAUAUUUUUAUUAAUCUGAAAUAAUAAAAACCUAUGGGCAUACGGGUAGGGGUACACGCUUGGCUUGAUACUUCAGGAGCCUUCCAGUGCACACGUGAAUCACACACAAGGAGGAAAACAAGACGGGGGCUAACCAGCCAUAACAAAAACACAUCCUUUGCAGUUUGUUAUCUCUCAGGUUUGGCCUGUACGCUUGCUUUAAACCACAAUCAUUACAUGUUCCAUGGAAAGUUGUCUUUUAGGCUAAGAAAUGUUUGAGAGCUGUUUACAAAGCCUUAAAGAGGAAAAAAUGCUUCACUUCCAAAUCACUGUCUCUCUGGAAUGUGUGUGUAGCACACUCUGUGUGCGGUCUGAGUUCAGACUGGUGUUCUUGGUUCCGUGCACUUGCACUGUGGAGGUCUGCCACAUCUGUGUUGUUAGUAAGCUGAGGAAGCAUGGAAUCCUGGGCUGGGCUGGUAAAACGCCUUCUUCCAUGGGGCUGGUGGGCUAUUAUCAGUCCAGGAUGUGAAGAACUAGAUGGUGUGAAUAUUUGAGUCCACCUCUUCAGGGCCAGGCUGAGUGGGGGCUAGGGCUGUGCAUGAGACAGGCCGUGGAGAACACACCUGACUGGAGAAAGAACGACGGGUGUGCUGUCCUGGAAGGUGUGGAGGCUAGGCUGAUUUGGAUGCUGAUGGGGGCUCAUUAGGGUCGGGUGAUAGGCUCAGAGCUGGCCAUGUAUCCCACACUCCCUUGCUGCAUCUGUUGCCACUUCUGUAUCACUUACUUUUAUCUCUGCAUUUCUCAGAACUUCAUUAACAUGGUGCUAUGACUCAUACUCAUUUACUGCGUGUGGGGGCUCACCACUGGAAAGCCUACUAUUUUAAACAACGGAGAAAGGAUAGGAUCACCUCCACGACGGAUAUUUGAGAAUAUUUGGGUCACCUUAACCAUUUUUAAUGUAAAAGAAUAAACAAAACAAAACAAAACAAAAACCAAAACGACUCACAGACGAGGGAAUGAACAUUGUAACUUUUAAAAAACUGUCUGCCAGAAGGUUGGAGAAACAUAAGAUGCCACCUUGAAGAAAGUACCCUUAGGGGUACAAUCCAGUGAGGUGCUGGACUCCUGGGAAAAGUUAAAAUUGUUACCGACAAAUGCGUCCUUACCUACAAAGCUAAGAGACUGUCAAACCGCCAGGAUACAAAGGUCGAAUAAUGAAACCAGGACGACCAGCCAACAAACCCCACACUGUGGUAAAGCGUAGCAUAAAAUUGCCAGAGCCAAACCUAAAAGAAAUACUCCGAAACCUGAAGAAAAAUCACUUCCCUUUAAGAGUAAAGGAAGACGGAAGUGGGCGUCCAACCUGGGGGAUUAACCCGCGAAGACAUGUAGUCUCACGUCUUGGGAACGUGCGCCAUCCUGUCACAGUCGAUCACAAAUUUUCCUCCUAAGGCAUGGAUGCUCACCACGCGUGGAAAAGUUCUCUCCAUGCGUGAAAGGGGCCAGCCUAACCGGAAGCGGCCUCGCCCCCGGACACGGCGAGAGAC